AUGAGAGCGCUGCUUCUCUCCUCAGUGGCUGCCUCUCUGCUCCUGCUGCGGGCUGCCGGCGCCUCCUCCAGCCGCCUCCCUUCAUUCAUCCUCCCUUUCACCGAGUGCGCCCGGAGCCACGGCUCUUACCGGGGGGCCGUGGACGUCACGGAGUCCGGCAGCCGGUGCAUGAACUGGACCGAGGUGGCCGGAUUCAAGGAGCGCCACCCGGGCAAAGGGAUAGGAGAGCACAACCACUGCCGCAACCCGGACGGCAGGAUCCGUCCCUGGUGCUUCUUCAGGAACCACCGAGGCAGGACGGACUGGGGCUACUGCGACUGUAAACAAGGCUCGGUGCGUCUGCAAGGAGGCCGCUCCAAGCUGGACGGCAGGGUGGAGGUGUACCUGGGAGGGGUCUGGGGCUCUGUGUGCGGCAGUCAGUGGGGGGAUGAAGAUGCUUCAGUGGUUUGCAGGCAGCUGGGAAAGGGGAUCUCAGGACUCGCUCGUGCAGUUCCCCUCUUUCGGCCCGGCGUAGCUAAGCUCCACUGGAUGGCGGUCCAUUGCCAGGGAGAGGAGCCAGACCUGCUGCAGUGUCCCAAAACUACCUGGAAUGGAGAGGAGUGCUUCCUGGCUGCAGCUGUCACCUGCACCCAGCAGCAAGCUGUUGGUACACUUCCUGUUCGACUGGUGGGGGGUCGAUCUGAGUCAGAGGGCACAGUGGAAGUCUUUCACGCAGGGCAGUGGGGCUCCAUAUGUGACGACCAGUGGGACGACAGCGAUGCAGAGGUGGUGUGUCGACAGCUGGGGCUGAGUGGUGUUGCACGGGCGUGGGGCCAAGCACAUUUUGGAAAGCAUUCAGGCCGUGUGUGGUUGGAUGAAGUGCGUUGCUCAGGCAAUGAGCUCACUCUGGAACAGUGUCCCAAGGGUGCUUGGGGGGAGCACAACUGUCUACACUCUGAGGAUGCAGGAGUCUCCUGCAGCCCCCUCACAGAUGGUACCACCAGGUUGAUCGGUGGCACUGGAAGCCACGAGGGGCGUUUAGAAAUCUUCUACCGCGGUCAGUGGGGUACAGUGUGUGAUGAUGGCUGGACUGAAUCAAACACACAAGUAGUGUGUCGACAGCUCGGCUACAGGGGGGGUGAAACUCUUUUUUCUGGAGGCCUGGACAUCACUCCUGUCUCACCCUUCAGGGUGGGGUCAGGUCCUAUUCUUUUGGAUGAUGUGAGUUGCACGGGGAAAGAACCAAGUCUAUUGUUGUGCAAGAAGAGGGAGUGGUUCCGUCAUGACUGCACACACCACAAAGACGUUAAAAUCGCCUGCAGCCCUGAGCGCAGCGGAGGUGGCUUUCCAACAAGUAUUCCCAUCAGGCUCGUGGGAGGAGAAAGCUCCAGGGAAGGUCGUGUUGAGAUCUAUCUCUCUGGUCAGUGGGGGACCGUCUGUGAUGAUGGAUGGACGGACCAGGAUGCUGAGGUGGUGUGUCGGCAGUUGGGCUUCAGUGGUGUCGCAAAAGCGCGUGUGAUGGCGUACUUUGGUGAAGGGACGGGGCCCAUCCACAUGGACAACGUGAAGUGCACCGGCGAGGAGCGUUCGCUGGCGGACUGCAUCAAACAGACCCCUGGAACACACAACUGCCGCCACAGUGAGGACGCCGGGGUCAUCUGUGAUUACGGCGCUGCGCAGCACAGCAAGAAAGAGGUCAAAGAUCCUGUCAGCUCAAUCUGUGGUCUGCGGCUCGUACACACUCGCCAGCGCCGAAUCAUAGGAGGAGAAAACUCUCUGAGGGGUGGCUGGCCAUGGCAGGCUGCCAUUCGUCUGCGAGGAUCUCGAGGAGACGGGAGGUUGGUGUGCGGUGCGACUCUGAUCGACUCGUGCUGGGUCCUCACCUCGGCACACUGCUUCAAAAGGUAUGGAAACAGCACCAAGCAGUACAAAGUCAGGGUGGGCGACUACCACUCCCUGGUCCCAGAGGAGCAUGAAGAGGAGUACGGUGUUGAUCAGAUCGUUCUCCAUCCAAACUACCAUUCCCACAGCAACAACUACGACCUGGCCUUGGUUCGUCUGUCUCUGGGGGCCGUGGGCCAGGCGCCGGGACAGUGCGUGUCCUUCAGCCAUCAUGUCCUCCCCGCCUGCCUGCCCGUGAAGAAGGAGCGAGUGCUCAAACAAGCCAGCAACUGUCACAUCACCGGCUGGGGGGACACAGGGCGCUCGUACUCAAAAACCCUGCAGCAGGCCGCUCUGUCCCUUCUGCCACGCCGGCGCUGCCAGCAGUAUUUCCACAGCGCCUUCACCAGCCGCAUGCUCUGCGCCGGCAGCAUCCAGUCAGACAGGCACGUGGACAGUUGCCGUGGUGACAGUGGAGGCCCGUUGAUGUGUGAGCGUCCCGGCGGGGGCUGGGUGGUUUACGGGGUCACAUCCUGGGGUCACGCCUGCAGGACACAGCAGUCCCCGGGUGUUUACACCAAAGUGUCUGCUUUCAGCUCCUGGAUACGCAAAGUAACCGGGCGUGAUGAGAAGAGGCAACGAGGAGCCGACCUGUCAAUCUGA